GUGAGAAAAGUAUUGAAUCAAGAAAAUUGCUUCUUAUCCGAUCUCUCUUUCUUCUCAGUCAUGAUGAAACAAUAUUUGUUCAAGAUCGCCGAUCUCUUAACUGCUCCUGUAACCAUUGGUGUUGCUCUUGCUUCAGUGGCUGUCGUAGUUGUGGUUCAGCAUCGGGAAUUUCUCAUGGAGAUAGCCAUGAAGAAGAAGGAGAAUAAGGCGGAGAAGAAGAACUUGAAGGAGGAAGAGACGGUGGAGAAGUAGUCGGCGGCAAACUUGAAGGAACCCGUGGAGUAGAGGAGUUUACUUGUUUGUGUUUUAAUGUUUCUUUUGCUUAAUCAGUUUGUGCUUUUAAUCGUUUGUUUAACAUCGGCAGCUAAUGAUGUUUAGUUUCUUUUACUUUAUUUCCUUCUUUUUUUUUCAAGUUUUAUUAGUGUUAAGCAUUGAAGAACUGAUGACUAAAUCCAGUAGUUUGCUAUAAAUUUGUUUGGAUUACCUCAACCAUCAUCUUAUAUUUUAGUUUCUUCCAGAGUAUAAUUAAUAAUUAUCAGUAGAAUAUGAAUUUUUGUU